AUGCGAAAGUUCGAUCCAUGGUUGGUGUUCUUCAAGAGUGAGUGGAAUCGGAACUGGCCGUUCCUGAUCGAUUUCGCCAUCACCGACACGCUCAUCACCAAGUUCUCUCUCGGUCUUACCGAGGAGGACGCAAAAAAUUCUCCGUUCGUGCAGAGGCAUAAGAAGUACGCAUCUCAAAUCCCCAUUCUCUUGAACAAUUUCAAACCUAAUUUGAGUUAA